AUGCGCGUUCCUGAUAAGUUGUCUGUUGACUCAGCUCGAUCGGAGCUCAUCCCCUCUGAGAAUGAAUACUUCUCGAAACGUCAUGGUCCAAGUAAACCUAUUUCAUUCCAUUAACUUUCUUUACUAGCAGUAGAAAUUUAUGAAGAUAUUGAAUCAACGCCUGGAUAUAGCCCAGACAUGUUAACAAAUGCCGAUAUCCAGAGGUACUUUAAUCGUUUUGCCCAACUUAUUUAUCCUGAAGAAAUCGGUCUAUUAAAGAGUACUUAUUUCAAUAAUCUUUACUAAUACUGUUGAGGCUUCUGUGGGACGACUUUUGCUAGCGUGUUACGUAAGUCAAAGCCUAUACGACUGGUGUACGAACGGCAGGCACCAACCUAGGUCGGUGUAGGUGACAGACAUGAAACUAUAACCAAGCCAACGUUCGUGUUCGCACUGUAGACAAUCAUUCAUACUUACCAACAGUCUUUGAAGCAAGUGACUAUUCUCUGUCGUUUUUACGGGGAUCCAGCCUUUCCAUGGAUUUUCUAUAGUUUGAUGUCCUCUAAUUAUCUUGUGGCAUUGGUAACAAUCAUUUCACGCGAAACUGUUACAAUUGCUAACAACGUAACGUUUUCAAAUGCGAACUUAGUCGCUAGUUUAAUUUUAAUAGAAACUUGGAAGGGCCUUUCCAAACUUACCGAACCCAGAAAUGAAGACUAUCUGAAAUUGGGGUAUCGCUGACUAUAAAGUACCUCUCUCGAUUGAGUUAGAUCAGAUAUCUCAUGCUUUGGGUGGUUGCGAAAUUUGAACUCAGUAGUAAGCAGACUAAGGGUGCCUAAUUAAGAAUAUUUUAAAAUCAAUAAGGGAUCAGCUUAUUCCUGUUACUUCAUAUAACUUUGGCAACUGUGGUGACUGCACUAGUGAGUUCGCCUUAACCGCUAAAAUCACCGGACUGCGUCUUAGUUAACAGGAGAAGACAGACACCAUAAUGAAGGAGUUAUCUUGUGAGGCUCCAAAACAAGCGCUUCGGGCGGCGCUGGUCACUGCCAGCUUCAGGACAUGGACUGACGGUGUCAUCUUUCCUGGAAAGUGGACCUUCUUGCUGGCUCCCUUUACGGGUUUUUGGAGACAGAGUCACAAGUCUCAUGUCCAGAGGGUGUCUGUGGCGAGACGGACUGUGGUUGUCCCGAGCAUCUGUUUUUGUCAAGACGAUCGAUGCGGGCCUAACGCCAGCAAUAAAAGUGGAUAACCAUUCAGGACCGGAAAUUAAAUAGAGUUUAACGCCGCUUUGGCUGUCCACUAAAACUACAAACGUACGCAUAGAUCUAGUUACGCCUGCCACUAUACAUGCUCUCGUCUCUGGUCGUCUUGAUUUCUUAUUGCCGUAAGAGCAUGGUGGAUGUGGGAAGAAACCAAGAUGGAUACGGCUAAAGUCUUUAUCGCCGAAGACCAAUUAAAGUGUGGGUUACAAACGAGCUCUCGGAAUCGUGAAUGUCCUCAUGGAUGAAGAUGAACAAACCCAUAGGGUAGCCACUAUCAUUUCAACUAGACUUACGCAAGGCCUACAUUUUUAUGUCAGUGAACCUCGAUUCGCUCGACUUCGCAGACUAGUGGUGUUGUCUCCGUUUAUUCUUGUCAGGGUUAUAGCCCAGCAGUUUUCAUCCGUGUUAAUAAGCAGGCCUGGGCACACCCUUCUUCUGGCUGAUAAACUACUUUACCGGACAAAGGCAUGAAUUCGCGUUUUGAUAUUUUUGCCUCCUGUCUCUUUAGACGAGGCUCCUGAUCCAUCUUGCUACUUUUUCCCAUAAACGGAGUGUCUUCACAAACCUGCAGCCGUAGAACCCGGUAAAAAUCGGCAUGAGAGUCAGCUUACUUUCAUUCGUGAACGAGUCCUCGGCACCGGCAUGCUCUGCAGUCCACCAGCCGAGUCGACAUGUGCACUUGGCAAAUCGAUUUCGUUUUAAUUUUAUCUCUCCCUUUAUUCACGGCUGCUGAUUUUAACCACCGCCUGGGGUCUGCCGUUCUCCACGGUGUUUUUUGUCAUUUCCUCUCUUGCGUGAACCUCUAGUAUCGUCCAUAGGGAUCUCUCUCAUCUGACUUACCGUGAUGCUCUUUGUCGAUUAUGAGACAGACGUCUUCCAUCCGAUGAAAAUGUACUAGUACACCGUCAUGUUGAUCCCGUCUCGAAGUGUCCGUUAGGAGAUGCGUUUCUUUUUGUUACAACGCCUGGUUCCACCGUCAUGCGCGUCCGUUCUUAGUCUGUCACAUUAUCGAGUCCUAGGAGAUGGUGUACCUUACCCGGUUUUAGGGCAUGCAGUAUAUUCUAAGCAACCGUUAUCAUUUUGCACGCCAAUCCCAGAGUCGCUAUGAUAGCUUUUUCAGCAUUCGAUUGAACCUCCCGGAAGACAACCUCUUAAUCUGCAUGAGCCACUACGCACAUCCUUUAGGGUAGCAAUUAUUACAAUUUUGGGCAGAUUUAGAACCGUUGAGUAGUCAUGCGGAAAUUGUCCUCUAAUAUUAAGAUGAGGACUGAAAAGUCUGUGAUCUAAGAGAACAUCGUAAGCUUUGAUACCUUUACGGCAUGAAGGUUGCAACCUCCGCCUUUAUAGACUUGUGUUUGGAUCCUAAAACCAAGCAGAGUUAGGAUCUCUGUACGCAUGUUCUGUCGGAUAAGCAGUUUGUCUCAAUGCACAGCACAAUUCGUGUUACCGCUUCCGCGGACACCAACACCUUAGGAUUUCUCUGCCGUAAUGAACGAAAUUAGUUUCCUUUUAUAAUCUCUAGCACAAGCAAACGUUAUCACAAAAUACACGCGUUUAAAUGUAGCAAUAUUCCUAUCUAUCUGCUGACGUUACAGCUAUGUGAGUCCAGCAAAUGAGUAAUCCCGGUAUCAGUCAAAGACCUUCCCGCCGCUGAUGUUUUCGUAGUCAAUGUCCAUGUUUUCAAGCUUUACACGAGUAAUAAUGAGGAUAGGUCACUAUAGGAUCGCGUCCAAAAUCUUAAACUUAACAAAUUGUGCUCUCGGCAACUUUUCCCUCAGUGACUGACGUGACUGUUAUGGUAGACUCCUUUAUUUGGUCCUGAAGAGACACCUGCUGAAUUCCGAGUCGGCAAACCUAUUCAGGUAAAACUAUGGCUCGUACAGUGGGCACUUAUCUAACUUCAUUUCGUUGUCCACCUGGGACCCCAAUUUCUGGAUUAAAGGACAGACUGCAAGUUCAAACUGACCGGUAAAACUGUUUUAGGCAGUCCUGUCGUGUAAGGAUGAUUUUCGGUGCUGAAGACGGAGAAAGCUGCCACGCCGUGCGUUUUGGUGAAUACUGUAAACUCAUGAGGUGCACGCCCCGUCUCGUGGCCUGGCUGAAUAUACGCAAGUCAUCUAAACCUCACUCUUCCGUAACGGUUUUGAAGACAAUUCACUAUAACAUACAGUAGAUGGGCUAACUCAUGAAAUGUCAACGGAAAUUCCGAAAUUCGUUUUCCUUUCGAAUAUAUUAAUUAAAUAGGCUUGUAAAACUAAUCAUCGUAUAGCAUAAUGCUCUAAUAAUUUAGUCACCUCGGGAUGUCGGCUUUUAAACAAACUUCCUUCCGGCUUCACGCAAAAACUAUACUCAGUAAAAAGACUACUUAUGUAACAUGCAUUUUUCUCAUUGAUUUUCGAUGCCAUUAAAUAUUCAAUUAUGUUUUAUGGAAAACAUGCAUAAAAAUAUUCAUUCUUUUGCUCAUUCGGUAGAAAGUAACGUCUUCCAAUUUCUACUCGAAGGAAGGGUGUAAUUCGGUUUUCAAAAAGUUUCUAAUUGUGAGAUUCUUUAAUACCGUGAAAUGGCCGUUCAUAAAAUGUCAUGCCUCUGCAUUUACAAAUGUGGCAUGUAAAGUUAACAUGGCUGAAAUCCACUGCUAAAUUUCAUGAACUCCAGAUGGUUUUCUCUUAAUACCUUAGAGAAAUGUAUGGUUUUCCGUACGCGGAAAAUAUACGGUUUGUAGUUUGGAAACCCCAAACGCAAGUGUACCGACAGGUCGACUUCAAAAUUAUUCGGGAAUCAGAAAAUGUUUUGAAAACCGAAUCAUACCUUGCCUUCGAGUAUAAAACUAGUAGGCGUAAUUUUCUACCGAACUAGCAAAAGAAUGAAAAUUUUUAUGCAUGUUUUCCAUGAAACAUAAUUGGACUUUUAGAGGCAUCGAAAAUCAAUGAGAAAAAUGCAUGCUGUUUAAUUAGUCACUUUUUACUCAGUGUAGUCGUUGCAUGUAGCUGGAAAGUAGUUUGUUCGAAAGCCGGCACCCUGAGGUAACUGAAUUACUAUAGAUUUAUGCUGCACGAUGAUCAGUUCAACAACCCUACUUAAUUAAUCUUUUCGAAAACGCAUUUCAGAAUUUAGGUUGACAUUUCAUGAGUUAGUCCACCCACUGUAAGCAAAUUAUAUCGAUUGAUUCCAUUUUACCGAUCACGUCGUCAAAGUCAGCAACCUAUAGGAGUUUUUCUGUUUGCUGGUGUGACUAGAAAAUCUUAGAUCGUCACGGACUCCCCAUACACCGUCCAGAUUUAUCUACCUCUUGCCCUCUGACUUGCUGCGACCUACCCUGAAGAUGCCGCCAGACAGAAGGAAAUUCUUUAUUAUGGUUGCAGUACCGAUAGUAGGCCCAAUCUCCGAUUACCUCGUACAAUAUAACAUGCCGAUUUUAUGACACAGUUUUCAAACGGCUUACGGAAAUCCCACUCGCAAAUUGUUGACAGCCUAGAUACAUGUAUAUCGUAUGUACAUGAAUGCACAUAGACAAUAGAGGAGUAUUUUCAGGUAGACAAGAGAUACUGGGAUAGAAGUAUUUGUCAGUCAGCCAUACCCAAUCUCCCACAAGACCAUUUUUGCAGGCUGCACCUCGCGGGUAGGGGGAUGGGUGGUUGUUAUCACAACGGAAAAUGCCUUUCUGCAUCAACCGACCGAGGGCGCGUCGUCGGGAUGACAAUAACCACUGCCCCAAUCUGCAUUAUCCAUGUUUGUUCCAGGUCCGCCUAUCUCUCCGUUGUCCUCUGUUUCUAUCCGCCUGUUUGCCUGUGACCAGUGAUUGCUACGCUAAUGCCGAUUUGCCUGUUCCUGCUUGGCCGGCAAUCCCCGUCAUGGUCUUUCAUGCACAAUGUGCCUUCAAGUUCUACAGGUCUAAUGGGUCUGCGUUCUUCUUGGGUUGCCACCAAAUGAACAGAGUAAGAACAAAAAUGUCUCCAGGAUCGAUGUGUCAUGCAGUUUUAAGAAUCCUUGCAAGGUUCUCAUGAGCACAAUGGAUACCUUUGUGCCCGAGAAGAUUAUCGUGUCUGGCGUCCGUCCGGGCAGUUCUCCCGUACGACUGUGAAUGUGGAACUGUGCAUAUGGACGAUGACCGAAAACUGAAGGUGUUUUACCACCACUAAGAACUCUCCCUCAAGCGAUGUAGACUGUAUUCGUCUCGAAUAAGACAGUCUACACUCGCUGCAAAAUAAUGUCGAGGAUAUCUGGGGCAUUUCAGGGGAACCGAAUAGGGUGACCUUGGCACGUUUUCCGUAGCUAACCUCACGAACUCAGCGCUGAUGACCUUAAUCCGAUGACCCUGCCCAAGUGCAGACAACGAAGAGAUCAGCUCAACUUUAAUUAAGUAAAGUCUGCCAAUGCACUGAGGUGGUUUUUGGACCUUCGACACUCGGUCUUCGUCGCCGGAGAAGGGAGUGGUUGAACUCCACAGAUCCACUGCCACAAAUAACCACUUGUUUGGGGGCAGAAUACGUGACAGGACUAGGAAUGACCAUCGUCUUGUCAUGUGUACAUGUGUGUGCUUGUCGAAUUCGACUUCCGUAACGACCUAUUCGUGUCCCCACUCACGUCAGUUUUAACUAAUAUUACGUAAACAGGUUGGACAUGGAGGCUCUGUUUUACAGUUAAUUCAAGUCUUGGAACUCUCUCCAAAUUUCCCGUAGAACUAGAGCCUUAAUUUGGCCCUGGACAUGAUCUAUAACCACUCAACCAUUCAGUUUUUUUUAAAUUAUUUCGUGUAGUCUCGAUUACCAGUAGUACACUGGCGGACGAUUUUUCGGCAAAUUACCAAAAGUACAGUAAGUUUGCACGUCUAGUCAACAUCCUUGAGGUAGUUUAAUCGGUUUAUGGUAAGUGACGUAGGAAAGCAGAUUUUUAAGGGAAGACGAUGCAGUUUGCAUUUUUUUGGGGAGGCGAUAGGUCGUUACGUAUACGAUAAAAACCAUUUAAAAUAGCCUUCAUAGGGAGGAGAGAGUCAGUACGAGGAAAGUGAACAUCCAAGUAAUGCCGGUUGACAUUAGACAUUUGGUGGGCAAUGAGAAAGCGUUCCGCCUACUCAAUCGGGUGUCGGACCACGACAAAGUUUCUGCGGCAAGGCAUUUUGACCACGGCAAAUACAGUGGUCAUGCGGGUAGGGAGUUCAGCCCUCUGCGCACCGAAAAGUCGAAAUGCACGGACCCGACACCUUUAUGACCCACCGGCUGCGAUAGUUACAUUCCCGCAUAUCUGCCCUUCCUGUGAAUCCUGGAUUGAUUGUUAUACCAAGUGGGGUAUUAAUGACCCAGGAAAAAAGCGGUCCGUUGGUUGAAUUUGAUGGCUGGUAUUCACAAGCAUCUUGGAACGCUUAUUUUGCAGUAAUUUUUGUUAAAACAUAUCCCUGUCAUUGAGGUCAUCUCCUUUGGGAAAUGUUGCUCCAGAACAAGUCAACAGCCUCCAGGGCAACAGCUACGUCGUACUUCACGCUUAUCUAGGAACCCACAAGUGUUUUCCUUCGAAGUUAACCUUCAAAAUGUCAGUGAUGAUGGAAAUUUGAAACAUUCGCCUUUAAACCUUUAGUUCACCUCUAGGUGUCCCUAAGUCUUCUCCCUGCGGUCGUGUUUAAUUCCACUUUUAUUUGCUUAUGCAUUUUUUUUUUACCUCAGUAACCUCUUGCAGCAUGCCACCUAGUCGCUUUGUUUGCUCUCUAGUUUACCAGCGUUGACGGCAAAAGCAGAAGCCAGCGCCUCGGCGUCAGCGACGGUGAAUUUUACUCCAGGCGGUAACAUGGAUGCCAGUCGCACACAAGCAAUGCGUGCUCAAGGUCCCAAAGACGAGGCUAUGAAGUAUACCAUUGCCCGCAUCAGCCGCCUUGAGGCACACGUCAGUCGCCUCUCCUCACAUAUGCGAAUGCUAGAACAGCAACAGGUCGUCAUGGGUGCCGCGAUCUCCUUAUACGUUGGCUACAAGAUUGUGCGCUGGCUUUUUCGUUCCAUUUUCCACUAGAGGUAAAAAGGUUUCCGCCGCCACUAUCCCCAUCCUUGCAUUCUCAACCCCUACGCAAUUCUGGGACGCUCUGAGAAUUGUGAUCGAGUUCAGAGACCUUGAUGUGUGUGUAUAUAUGCCAGAUGUAGAAUAUUUCUUUGGUUUUUUACGCGAGUUCCCUUCUACCUCAUAAAGAAUUCGUUUCACAGGACCGAGCACUUUAUCUCUUAGUUUGCCGGCGUUUCAUUUCUGUGGCAAUUGCUGUUGCCUGUUCUAGAGCUGCCUCCUUUCAAAUACACUUACAUUCACACGCGCAUCUUGCGUGCUCUGCUUCUGUGUUUUCACCCCUUCUGUUCACGCUCUCUGUGUUUUGCUGACGCCAACUGCACACGUUAUUUGCAGCCACCGUAGCUAACGCCGCCGAUUCCCGCCUCUAUUUCUUCCGACGACUUUUUCUGGACUAACUAAAAUACUACUCAAAAGAGGAUAGUAGGCUUUGUUUCUUAAUCUACUAACUGACAUCGACCUCCCGAUGCCCGAUCGUUGUGAUUCAAGGUGCACUUUGGGUCUGCCUAACACAUAGUAUCCUGUCCUAACGAUUUAUACGUUCAGUUAACAAACUGCAAUUAUUCUGACGCAGUCCUCAAGUCUCUGUCUGAGCCUUCUCUUUCUUCUGGUCAAAAUGCGUCCCUUUCAUACAUACUCCAGGGAGCACAGAUAGGGCCUACAUAUCACCCGUUCUUUAAAAUAGGUACCUACCCUUAUAUAGCAUCGUGCCGAUAAUUCUGUUGCUUUUACGAGGGCACUUGUCCCGCGAUCAUCUUUUCCCCUCUUCCCAAAUGUAGUGACGGGGACUAGACACAAAGCCUAUCACUGGUUUAAGAGGGUAACAGUUACCGUCCUCGAAAAGGUAAACCCCCAAAUUGCUUUGCGAAUGUCCCGCGAACCCUUAUUGGCAUGUCUUCAAUCGACACUAGUUACCAUAACAUUGGGAAGUGUUGGGGCGACUUAAAGGGGUGGUAGGCGCACAGGUUUUCAGAAUUAAGGUGGCCUGAAGGCGUGCGUGGUGUGAUAGGGACAAAACCGACUACUCCAGGCAUCCCUCCUCAACAAGUUGACACUGGAAUAUCGAAGAAAAGGGUUUUGUCAAGUACUAGAGACGGUUGGCAGCCAGUUGUGUCAUAUGUCCGGAUGAGCCCCGGAUGUCAGUACUGGAGGUGUCAGGGCUUCCAUUAGUCUCAAUGUCUAACAACAUCUAUCCCCACCUUCCCUUUCUGACUCCUAGUCUAAAAUGACGUGAAUCUGCCUGACCUAAUUUAUGACAAGCUUUGUAGAAACACGACAGCUCGGGUUGGCAUGGCAAUGUAUUCGGGAGCAGUGGAGUUCUGCCGCCCACGUCGCAGUUUUUAUGCACUCGUCCCGAGAAGCGACUAACUGGAGCCUGACUACUUUAUCUCCGAAAAAACACCAAAACAAUGUCCCGCGAGUAGCCACUUUGUGCGCUUUUCCGCUUACAUCCAUGGGAUCGUGAUUGUAUGUGUGUAGGACCACCAGAGCUAAUGCACGUCGCCCGCACAUCGAUGAUUACGCGCAGCGGUAACUGCACUCCUGCAUGGUACCAUAGUCUGACCUCAGUUGCAUUUGUCUGGUAACCCAUGCUCGUCUCGGAAAAAGAAACAUCAGUGUGAUCGGCACGCUCCGGAGUCGAAUUUAUUUAAGAACUGGGCUCCAUCGCGACGAGCACACUGCGUUUCGGUUCUCUACCCGCACCAUAAAGUCCCUCGGCGUUUUCCACUCCUACUCUCAGGCCAGCGGAAGCAGUAAUCCAUGGGAGCAAGCUUGAAAGAGAGGAGAGAUAUCUGGGCAGAUGUAUUAGAUGUCAGACGUUCCUGACAGUUGGGACCGUUGUCCACUGUCGUGAGCGGAAAUGCAUAAAAUAAUCAAGCGGAACUUAACAUAGCUGUCUGAGUUGGUCGGCCUGUUCUGCAUUUGUUUCGUUAUUUUGCCGCGCCUACUCGUCGGUUAGUGUGAUAAGGGCAGUAGAAGCUUACUGACGUGGUCAGUCACCAUGUCCUCAGAAGGUAACCGCAGUGGGUGGCGGAUUGAUGGUUCUUCGGCUUAUCUGUUGCUUGAAUUAAUAGUUAAGUCAUCUGCGGUAGGUCACGCCGCCCGUCUAAUUAGGCCAUUGCUGUCCAAAAUCUGGGGCGCUCAGCUCUUAAUUUGGCAUUCGGUGCUCGUCUACGAUUCCACAGACUCAUGUGUGAACGCGAGAAUACUGUGAGAAGCUCUGCUGCCGUUCACUCUUCGCUUGCUCCAUAUCGAAAGCAUCCUCUUUACUAUUUCAGUCUGUUGAAGUCGAACAGUCUAGGCUCGGUAGACGUCAUGUUGGUUUCCGACUAAGUUUCGUCUCUAACGUCUUUCAGAGACGAGAGAUUCCCACGUUCUCUCAGCCAGGCAGCUGGGACGAGCACUCGGAUCUUUGGCAUAAAAUGAGCUUGUAAUGACCCACAGACCGCCCUUGCACUGCACAUUUUCGGCUGUCAACUCUGCACUCCCAACUGAGAUUUUUUAUGCCAUACAUAGCUGCCCUCGAUUAAAUUUUUUUCUCUGUCGCAGAACUUAUGUCGGGGACCGAAAUCACAUUCCGCGGUCAGACCCUCAUGCCCACAAAGGCAACCAAAGAGGAGGAGGCCGCCAAACAGGUUUACACGCGCCAUCUCCGAACAGCUUUCAUUGUUUUUGCAGUCACCUCUGUUAUUUUUCUUGCAGUUGGAAUCUACUUGGUCGUGGCUUUUCGCGAAUCCAUCCAGUGAGUUCUUUGUUCACAUGUUCAGCACACCUGUAAAACCACGUGACGUAAGCAAAACCCACUUCAAUGUCCACUGUGUCAAUCUACUAUAUUUGCCUGCCUGUUUUGUCCAAGCCCGACGAGAUUAACGAGGCGAUGACUGUCAGCAAUGUCAUUUUUCAUUCUAAACUUGAAAGUAUAAAAUCUGAAGUAGAAGUUAUCUGUAACCAAAUGGAUGUAAGAAAGAGUGUUUUUGUUCAUGUUUUCUAUCAAAUAAAUUUGAGCCAAAACAUCUAUUAGUUGCGUGAGCUUGGUAGUCAUAUGGUGGGCGGGCAGCUUACUGUAUCAGAUUUGGUGGAUUCCAGACGUUGCGGUGGAUUGGGCGGGUAACUUGAGCCAUAUGUGAUUAAACUCACGUCUCCCGGUGGGGUCUCGUAGCUAGAGUGUUGGUCUCCUCCUUGCUGUCGUGGGUUCGAAUCCCACCGAUGCGCCGAGUUUUCCACAGUUGGAUCAGUAUGGACUAUUAAAUGGUCGUUUUUAUAGGCAACCGAAAGGAAACCCAUGCAAAAGCUGGCAUCCUAUCGCGACUGAAAUAUAAUGGGAUUAUGCUGCACGAUAAUUACCCUUAAAACCACACUCAAGUGACUGUCCACGAGGUCGUCGGUCAUCAUGCAAAUUCAGGCUCUGUCUUGCUGGGUGAUGCCUAACUCACGAAUUACCGUCCUCCCGCCUCGCUGGGGAUGUUUUUGGGCCAUCUCCGUUUUAAGUAACUGCUCUGUUUCUCCUAGUUACCUGCUCUGCCUGCAAGUAUACCCGAUGCGAAAAAUUAUUUAUAAGACGUCAAACAGUGCAUCCUCCGUCCAGCCUGAUUUGCUUUUUCUGGAUGGUUACAUGAGCCAGGGUGAAAUCCAGGCGGAGCUCUGUGAGAAUGUACCUAGUAGCCUCCGAAGCAUCCUUUAUAAAUGAAAACGAUCUUCGGAAUUUCACUCCCUCCUGCAUGAAAUGAAUUUCAGUCGCUGUUGAGAUACACAAAAAGUACUUUAUAUUUUACUCAAAAUUCAAAAUAGUCGUUCAAUGAUGAGCCAACUCGCAGCUUCUUAUGGAAUAUUUGCCUAUGCCCGGAGAUUGCAUAUGUUAAAACAGAAGUUUCCCCGUAGGCAGUGCUGUUCAAGGCAUCAAAUUAUGCAAUUUUACAAAUCGAACUUUGUAAAGAAAAACUUAUUCCUUCCCGAAGGCACCCUGAUUGUUCACGUUUUUCUUCACGGUAUUUACGCAAACUGAGAAAUCAAGUUUACAGUUGGUGGCAGUUGAUUUCGAAAAUUUUCGUCGUCCAGAUCUCUGUUCUGUACUGUAGAAAAAUGUCCAAGCCUACGUUUGGGGUCCGCGAUGUGAAUUAUCAUGGGAAAUUGUCUGAAUAUUGGGUAACGUUAAUUUGUAUCAAAAAUUGUGGACGUUUUCAUCCAUACAACAACUUAGAGGCAUAUUUCGCAUAAGAAGACUGUUCUGUGGAAGACGUUCAACAAACAAGGAAAAUACACGACGCUUGAGGCACCUCGGACUGGUCUUCUGCAGUUCGGUCAUGUUUUAUGAGUUACGUUGCUCGCAUGUAACUGACAUCCCUUACCACGAACAAUGGAAGUCUUUGAAUUUUCGUGGCAGACCUCGCCUGCUGUGACCCCCUCUCUCUCACCAGAAUAACAGCUGCGCCCGGUUGCUUGUAUUGUGCCCUACUUAAGUGAUUAUCUGUCUCUAAGACGUCUGGGGAGCUUGGUUCGGUUUUAACUGCAGUUUGAUGGGAAGGCGGGACGGCGUAUCCAUCCACGCUCUCUAUGAACGCUGGCCUGAUGGACCGCUCUUUGGGUCGUGCCAGUCUUUUACCCGCGAUGAUAUUUUCCAUCCCGCCCAGUUGAUGUGAACUUCCUUUUUGUCAACCUACCGGGUUUUUUAAUGUUUGGCUUUAUAAGGCAGCCUGGUGAACUAAAGUUAAGAAUUUCUCCUUCUUUUCAAGGGGUCUAAUGAUUUUCGGAGCCGUUCUCAUCAGUUUGGGCAUUGUCAGCACGCUGGCUGGAACCAUUUCCGGGCACAACUUUUUCCGACUUCUGCGAUCCACAUCAGACUCUGUGGCCUUCUACCCAAAGACCGCUGAGGCCCUAGUAAAGGUAGGGCCCUGUCGUUCUGGCUUUCUCAUUUUCUUCCUAUCUUAACGUAAUUGCUUAGUAUGCGAGCCAGAUCCAGCGCUACCUGGCGGACCUCGCACUUAGACCCUUACCAUUGGUGUAAUCGUCGGCAUCGUUGCCGUCAGCGGUGCAUCCGACAAGAUUGUAUCUAGUUUCAGAACCUCGCAGCUUGUUAAAUCAGGCCUCCAAUAAGUACGUAUUGCCGAUACCCUGGUUUAAGGUGGCGCACGCUUUCAGUGAGCUUGGACCUCAGGUCCAUGGUGUGCCUCGGAAAUGAUGUUCGUUCUGAUAACUUGACAGUCGCCCCAGCUACCUCGCGGCACGGUGCCGUAUUCCACACACUGAACUAACAUGACGACCAACUCACAUUCUUAGGUGCAAAAAUCUAUAUCGUGCAGGGGAGCCGCUCUCCAGUAGUUGCGUGGACUGAUAACCGAAACCGGCUGAGGAUGUCGGGUGUAUUUGUGUGCGAGAGACCAGCCGUUUGUCGACACGCGUGUGUGUGAUCAUAAUCAGUCUGCCAUCGUGCAUCUGUUCUUGCAUUGUGAAGGGGGCAUCUGGACCUUCCUUCGGCCUAUAUAGUCCUACGUCACUACAUACGCCGUGACGAAGACAAGACAGUCAUACGGAGCCUAAGAUUACCGAGCAAACACGACCUGUCGACCAAUUCACCCAAAGGGGGACGCAAACGCAACCAACCCCAACUGAGGUGAUGACGUACAAUACAGGAGGCCACCAACACUCGCAGGCGACGGCCAGUAGGCCAAAGCAGCGAAAGAAGAAAAAAAUCGAUCAGCCCAAGGCCAACUAGUCCGACUGUCUAUUCAAAAUUCUGAUCAAUUUUUGCACUAGACGCUUUGAUAAUGGAGAACCGCCCAAACUCUUCGAAGCGUCAGCCAUGCAAGUCCCUCGAUCCGGCUAACUCAGUCGGUAGAGCACUUCAUUUUCCUCAGAAGGGGACUGAGGUUGAUGUCCUAAGUCUCCUUCACUUUAAUCCAUCUCAUGCGUAAGUCAUCGCCAUGCUUGAUUGGCAAACUACUGGUCGCGGCAGACGUGUUGUCCCGAGCGCUCCCUUUCCGGGGGGAGAGGAGCACAAAUCUCUUGUCGUCCUAGAAGGAUACUUCCUAUGCAUCAUACUUGGCGUGUUGGUUGCGACACCAACGCUGCAGACUCAACGACCGCAACAUCGCAGUUUAUGUUUGGUGGCGUCUUCUGAUUCUGCCUAGCCUUUGGCCUGACACUAGGCAACAAAGUACGUUGUAGGCGAAGCUCCGUUUGUAGACAAUAUCUGCUAUAUUACAGUGUCUUGAUCUAAACUACCGCGUCUGUAGACGUCACAUUUAAUGACAGUCCUUCUCAGCACCCUAUUAAUCAGACCUGGCUGGUAGGUCUUCCUUCCAAAGUGUGCCCACAAGGCCUCCCGUAAUGGUCAGUCCCUUUUUUUCGCUGUCCCAUGUUCCCAGUAUCCCUACCCCAGACAGCCCAGACACCAGAACAGGCCCGUCUUGCCUCCUCGCCCGGCAGCCGAACCUGUGACGAUACCAGAGCCUACUGCGCCACCGCAACCUGCGAGUGCCACCCCCACCCUCGUUUCGCCCCCGGAACCGCCGCCUGAUUACGCUCCACCGCCCUACGAAGAGGUUAACGAGAAGGACUACUAG